UAAAAAUGUCAUUAUCGAUCACGGCUGUUAUCGAAACAUUAAAUAUCUAUCGUAAUGAUUUUAAAAUUUAAAAUAUAAGAGUAAUUGGCAAAACAAAAAUGGAAAAUUCCUUAGAGGAAAGUAAAUUUAAGGAUCCGUUUGAUGAACUGUUAGACUCCAAUACGAAACUGCGUAAAAUGAAUAUUGCUAAACAAACUGUAAGAGUACCCUAUAACAUUGACUCCAGUGUUGAAAAUAGCAGCUACAUUGAAAUAAUGGGAUCAAAUCACGAAAACGAACCAGAUAGCUCAAAAGAAAUGUAUUGUCCCAGUGAUUCUAUAUCAACUCCUUGCGAUAAACGAUUGGGCGCAGCUUUAUUUAAUUGCGGCCUCUCUCCAAUAACUCGCUUAAAUCUUGAAGGUUUUGAAGCCAGUAGUGACAAAUGCCCUGAUACUAAAGACGCGAAUUCAAAUGUAUAUUUGAAAAUACCAUUUCUAAACAUAAAUGCUAGCCCAAAUAAAUGUUCUAAUUUCGGAAAACGGCGAUUGAGUAAGUCAAAUAAGAUGGAUACUGUUGUGCACCCUUCGAUCGUAUUAAAGCCGGGAAAGUGGCGAAAAUCGCUGAACAAUUUUAUUCGAACAAAAAUAACUGAAAUAACUUUCAGCAAAAAAGUAGCACGAAGCUCAAUAUGCCAAGAUCGAAAGUCAUUAGUUUUAAAAGGCGAACAAAAAUUUGAAGAUAAAUUCGAGGAAGAAGUUCUGAAAUAUUGCGAUCAGUGUAUACCACUUCCGUUUAUUGCCGCAUAUGAACAACAUAAAUUGUUGAAUACUAAAAAAAUAGGUGAAGGGGCUUAUGGAGAAGUAUUUCGUUGUUCAAAAUAUCAGAAAGGAUUGGAAAAACACGUCUCUAAUAUAGUAUUAAAGGUUAUACCUUUGGAGGGUUCUAUAGAAAUUAAUGGAGAAAAGCAAAAAACAUUCAGUCAAAUUUUACCAGAAAUAAUUAUUACUAAAAAAAUGAGCAAUCUUCAAAGAAAUAAAACUAAUUCUACGGAUGGAUUUGUAAACAUACACAAGGUAUCACUAGUCAAAGGAAAAUACCCACAACAUCUUAUAAAGCUGUGGGAAAAAUAUGACGAGGAAAAGGGAUCUGAAAACGACCACCCGAAACUUUUUGGAGACAAUCAACUUUUUGUGGUCCUAGAACUGAAGUUUGGAGGAAGUGACAUGGCGAAUUUUCAAUUUUUAAAUUCCGAGCAAUCAUAUUACGCCUUACAACAGAUUAUUCUAGCGCUUGCUGUUGGUGAAGAAGAGUAUCAAUUUGAGCACAGGGAUCUUCAUUUGGGAAAUAUAUUAAUUGAAUACACCAAUAGAAAGCACAUAAUUUUUACAUUAAAAAACAGAAAUUUAACUGUGCUUUCAAGAGGAGUGAAAAUGACUAUUAUUGACUAUACUCUUUCAAGAAUAACAAUUAAUAACUGCUGCUAUUUUAAUGACCUCUCAAGUGAUGAGGAACUUUUUCAGGCAACAGGGGAUUAUCAAUAUGAUGUCUAUCGAAUGAUGCGGAAAGAAUUAAAGAACAACUGGUCAUCGUUUUCACCAAAAACAAAUAUCCUAUGGCUUUCAUAUGUUAUCGUUAAGUUACUGGAUAGCGUGAAAUAUAAAAGUAUCAAUACGAAGGUUCACAGGAUGUACAUUGAUAAAAUAAAGGAAUUGCAAAACAUUAUAAUGACAUUUGAAAGUGCUACUCAUUGCGUAAAUCAUCUGUUUAAUUUAAAUCAAAAUGUAAAUCAAAAAAGUAUAGAACGGGCUCACCCAUUUGGUACGAAUUCUCUCUUGGAUCGAUGACGGUAAACAUAUCCA